CAUGCCGCACGCACGCAUGCAUGCACGCACACACGCACGCACAUACACCUAAUACAUGCGUAUGAGGUGAAAUCAGGGUCACAACCUAAUAGACACAAAGUAAAAGUUUCAAAAAUAAUGUCUGAACAUUCAGAAAAUGCUUUCUUUUGUCCAAUGUUACAUAUCUGUCUGCAAAGUUUUGUUGUGUCGUAAAUGAUUCAGAUCAUGUUUUCCUGCUCUUACUCAUCCUUUUUCAAAUUUGAUGCUUGUGUGGUACAAGCUUAGAAUAAUAGCAGACAAACCUAGAGCAGGUUUUACAGAUAAGUAGUCUUGGCAACGAAACCAGGAAACAAGUAGAACUGCAUUUACUGGACAAUAAAAGGAUCAAAAGAAUUAACUACAGAGUCAUGCUCCUGCCUGUAAUCAUUCCAGCACAUGAUAUUGUUCUUCAUACAAUAUUUAGAGUUAAAACCUUGAAACUGGCCUCUUGCAUCCUACAGGCUAAGAGCUAAUGUUAGCUUCCUUACAGUACUUUGUCACUGCUAGCUAGGAAAAAUGGAAAGCUAAAACAAAAAAACAGCCAUCUCUAUUAUACUACAGCAAAAAGCAACACAAAUACAUUUUGUACAUUAUUGUAAUUGUAACUAUCUUGUUUGUUAAGCACUUUAAAAACAAUUUAUCAAAGUUCUGUACAGAUAGAAACAUUAUAAUAUAAGCUGUUUGGUUUCCUGCCAGACGUCUCCUCCCGGUGUUUUUUCAUUCCCUCUUUUACUUAGAUUAGAUACACACGGUACUGCUACUACUACCACUACUGCUCUCACUGAGCUGAAUCAUGUGCGCUCACCUUGAGCGGAAGAAUACUACGGCCAAGUGCACACGGCACACAGCUUUGACCACAUGGCGCUACUAAAACCACUCGCUUUAAACUCUUAAACCUAUACGUUUCCCUGGCCGCAGGUCUGGUCUGCAGACCAGGUCACAGGAAAUUGGAGGGGGGAGGAACCCAAUCGCAAACUGAAAUUAACACUCUCACCUUCACACGCAAGCAUUUAAUUUGACAGCAACAGUGGAGAGGAAAAACUCCCUCUCUAACGAGGAAGAAACCUCCAGCAGAACCAGGCUGGAUGUGGGUGGCCAUCUGUCUCGACCGGUUGGGGUGAGGGAAGAGAGAGAGAGAAAAGCACAGCAACAACAACAAGCAACAACAGACCACAGGCAGGGAGGUUGGACCAGGGACUGGAUACAGGCAGGAUGGUUGGAUCCACAGCUGCCCAUCACAGACACCAAACUUUGAGUCCAAUGAUACCUGUAGGUGAGGACAGAGUGGAGGAGGGAGAGAGAGAGAGAGAGAGAGAGAGAGAGAGAGAGAGAGAGAGAGAGAGGGAGAGAAGCACAACUACUAGAGAGAAAGAGACAAGGUUAGUUAAACAUAGAACAAUGAUGGGAGGUUUUGGACAGAAGAGGGAGAAGGAAACAGAGCAGCUCAGUGUAUAAAUGAAGUCCCCCAGCAGUCUGGGUGGAUAGUUAGAGAUGGUUCAGUCACCUUAACCAUUUCUAACUAUAAGCUUCAUCAAAAAGGAAGGUUUUAAGCCUAGUCUUAAAGGUGGAGAGUGUGUCAGCUUCUCGAACCUGAAGAGGGAGCUGGUUCCAGAGGAGAAGAGCUUGGUAGCUAAUAGCUCUGCCUCCCGUUCUACAUUUAAACACUCUAGGAACCACAAGUAGCCCAGCGCUCCGAGAACGAAGUGUUCUGCUGGGAGCAUAAGAAACUAUGAGGUCUUAAAAAUAAGAAGGAGCUUUAUCAUUGAGUACUUUGUAGGUGAGUAGGAGAAUUUUAAAUUCUAUCCUAGAUUUUACAGGCAGCCAGUGCAGAGAAGCUAAUGUAGGAGAAAUGUGAUCUCUCUUUCUAAGUCCUGUCAGAACUCUGGCUGAAGCAUUUUGAAUAAGCUGUAGGCUUUUUAAGGAGCUGUUAGGACAUCCUAUGAGUAAGCAGUCAGUACAGUACAGUUGUCCAGCCUAGAGGUAACAAAUGCAUGGAUCAGUUUCUCUGCAUCGCUCUGAGAGAGGAUGCUUCUGAUUUUAACUAUAUUUCUAAGGUGGAAGUAGGCGGUUCUGGAGAUUUGUUUAAUGUAUGAUGUAAAAGAGAGAUCCUGGUCAAAGAUGACACUAAGGUGUCACGUUUCAUGUCACUUCCUGUUUUACUUUGAAAGGACUUCCUGUUCUCGUCUCAGCUGUUCACAUCCCGGUUCACGAUGCACACCUGACAAUAAUCUAGUAAUCAGACCCCGUACUUAAGCACCACCUCAGCCCACAGUCAGACGCCAGAUUGUUGAGUUUCCAAGACCACUUUCCAGCGUUCUCGUAUAGCUAACCUGUUGCAUGAUCCUGUUUGAACCUGACCACCAAUUGACCUGACCACCUACUCCUUGCCUGUACCUAAAUACCGAGCCAUUCUGUGUAUGUCCUGGACUGACUGACAACGUUGUGCAAUAAACUCUGAUUCCCUCCUCUAUACUCCUGUGCGCUGUGCAUUUGGGUCCUCCUCUGUGUGUUCUGACAGAACAAUCUGGCCAGACUUGGACCCAGCCAGCGCCAGCCUGCACCCAGGUCUGUUACGGUUUUUCUUUGUUUUUCCCUCUUUCUCUGUUCAUUCGGCUCCGCGCAUAACCACGCACCGGAGCGAUGGAGUUUUUUCCUACGAGCUUACCGGAGGACAUCCGCGGCGAUUUCCAGAGGUUAGCUAAGGAAUAUGCGGAAGCAGGCAGUCCCAAGGUCCGGCUCGGCGUUGUAAAUAUGGCCAUUGAAAUCCUGGAGGACGAGUUUUGGUGGCGUAAGUACCCCGGAGUCCAGGCACUCUUUGACGGGCUCCAGCUGAUGCGGAGGGAUUUGGUACGCGCGCUGCGCGCACCGUCUGCCCGUGUCUCUGCAGCUGUUCCUGCCGCCGCUCCGGUGGUUCACGUUUCCGUUCCUGCCGCCAAUCCAGCGGAUCAUGUUCACGUUCCUGUCACCGCUCCGGCGACUCCAGCCCAAACUCCCAACGCCGCCGCCUCCGUUCGCCAUUCGGACCCAGCUGCAGAGACCCAGCCCCCGCCGCUCUCAGCGCCUCAGACGACGGUCAGCCGUUGCAGACGACGUCGGCAAGGGCACGGUUCCGGGGUCCAGGGCCCAGAGACCUCGGUCGCGGUGGCCGAGCAGCUCUCCUCUCCGGCAGAGGAUUCCCUCGGUUCACCUACUUACUGUGUCAUGUCAAUUGCAGGCAUCCCCGAUAGCGUCGCACAGCGGAUCGACCUCCUCUGUUCUCCCCCGGUUGCGUUCCUCUUUUCCCACCUAAUGGACAAUGCUGAUUCGACAGCAGACCAGGGCACGAGGGAACAACUAUUUGAGGAGGCGGCUGCCCUCAUCCUGAGGGAACCUGCCCUGCGUGCGGCCCUGCAACUCCCAGGCCUGCAGCCCUGCCACGCUCAGGUUCCAGUGCAGCCCUGCCACGCUCAGGUUCCAGUGCAGCCCUGCCACGUUCAGGUUCCAGUGCAGCCCUGCCUUGUCAGGUUCCAGUGCAACCCUGUAACGCUCAGGCCCCAGCCCUAGUUCAGUCAUGCUCUGCUCAGGCUCCAGCCCCAGUUCAAUCGUGCUCUGCUCAGGCUCUAGCCCCAGUUCAGUCGAGCUCCGUUCAGGCUCUAGCCCCAGUUCAGUCGAGCCAUGUCCAGGUCCCAGCCCAGUCGAGUCAGGCCCAGGCUCCAGCUCAGCCUUGUCGCAUCCAGAGUCCAGCUCAGUCCGGUCACGUUCCAGUCCAGUCGAGUCACGUUCCAGUCCAGUCGAGUCAAGUCCAGGUCCCAGUCCAGUCGAGUCAAGUCCAGGUCCCAGUCCGGUCGAGUCACCUCCAGGUCCCAGUCCAGUCGAGUCACGUCCAGGUCCCAGUCCAGUCGAUUCACGUCCGGGUCCCAGUCCAGUCGAGUCACGUUCGGGUUCCAGUCCAGUCAAGUCACGUCCGGGUCCCAGUUCAGUCGAGUCAUGUCCGGGUCCCAGUCCAGUCGAGUCACGUUCGGGUUCUAGUUGCUCUAGUGCAUCGGUUCCUGGCGGCUCGGCUCCGGCCGCACCUGCAUUGGUUCCUGGGGGCUCGGCUCCGGCUGCACCGGCACCGGUUCCUGGCGGCUCGGCUCCGGCCCCACCGGCAUCGGUUCCCGGCGGCUCGGCUCCGGCCGCACCUGCAUCAGUUCCUGGCGGUUCCAGGAGGAGGUCGCGCCGGCUGCAGUCUCUGCUGCAGCUCCCGCCGACCUCCAGGAGGAGGCCGCGCCUGCAUCGGUUCCUGGCAGCUCGGCUCCGGCCUCAUCUGCAUCGGUUCCUGGCAGCUCGGCUCCGGCCUCAUCUUCAUCGGUUCCUGGUGGUCCGCCGCCGGCCACAUCAGCAUCGGUUCCUGGUGGACCGGCGCCGACCGCAUCUACAUCGGUUCCUGGUGGUCCGGCGCCGACCACGUCUCCACGUCUGUCCUCGUCUCUGGUUGCGGCCUCGCCUCCACGUCUGUCCUCGUCUCUGGAUCCAGCCUCGCCUCCACGUCUGUCCUCGUCUCUGGUUCCGGCCUCGCCUCCACGUCUGUCCUCGUUUCUGGUUCGACUGCCGGACUGGUGGCCUCGCCCUCGUCACCUCCUGCCGGUUGGGUGGCGCUGCCUCCUGCGGCGACGUCCGCCUCGGCUCUGCCGUCAUCGGGGCCGCUCGCCUGGGGAACGUCCCCUCCUGCCACGACGAUGGCGCGGCCUCUGCCGUCUACGUCCACCGCGACUCUGAGGUCCUCGGAUCACCUCUGUCGGGAUGAGGAUGGAUUUGGCUCCGCUCCCGGACUCCGCCAGCCUGGCUCGUGGGCAUGGGGAGUGCCGUCUCGGCCUGGCGGCCGCGCAGCCUGCCCUCUCCUCACCUCCAUCCCUCGUGAAUGGACAGUCUGGACCUUUUUUUUUGGACCAUUUUUUUUUAUGUCAUACGGACUCAUCAUGGACUCCUAUUCCUGCCCUGUCUCACAUCGUUGUUGUUUCUGUUUUGUGAUACACCCUGUCUGUACCUACGCCUGGAGAUUCUGGUAUCGUUCCCGACUGUCUGACCACGUCUUUGCCUAGCCCUAGUCUGCACCUCUGCCGAGCUCACCUGUGUACCGAACCCUGCAUGUUUACUGGACCUGAUCUUGCCUACUCCUUGCCUGUACCUAAAUACCGAGCCAUUCUGUGUAUGACCUGGACUGACUGACAACGUUGUGCAAUAAACUCUGAUUCCCUCCUCUAUACUCCUGUGCGCUGUGCAUUUGGGUCCUCCUCCGUGUGUUCUGACACAAGGUUCCUCACAGUAGAAUCUGAAGCUAAUGUUAUGCCAUCCAGGGUGGCUAUCUGACUCAAUAGUGUCUCUCUCUGAUUUUUGGCCCAACAAAAAUUUUUAUCUGAAUUUAGUUGAAGGACAUCCGCCAUUUCCCCCCUCUCACUCACCACGAACAGACGAACAUGGCAGCACACAUGUCCUCUCACAGAAGGUGUUCAGUUCUUGGGUGUUCUUACUAACACCAAAGUCUAUUCACUUUACCAAGGGAUCAACAAGUGAGGACUUUGUGGGUCACUUUUAUUUUAAACGGACUGCUGACAGAAACACUGCCUCAGCAUUUAUACGUAUGUGCAUUUCAAACGAGGGUGCGUACAAUGCUGGAUUUGUUUCACGGCUCCUGUUGGAAAAAAAAGGAUCUAUUCCUACAGUCCGUCAUUCACUCACUGAAGUAAGUACAUGCUUGAUAUUUAUAAUGUUUUAAAAUGUUAAUUUGUCUGUUUAAAAUGUAGUAACCUAUGUGUGAGGCAAGUUAGUAGCUAGCUAUGCUAACGGCUACAGCCAGUCGACCGAGCCUUUGUCCUUUUCAAAUGUGCUACUCUGAGUUGGCGCAGUCACACACCUGUGUGGGGAACAGCUAAUAGCUAUGGGCCUAUGGGGUCAGUUACCUAUAGCUUGUACCAUAGCCAUUAUAUUUGUAGGACCAAUACAAUUUACAAUAAAUUUAACAUUGUCUUUUCUAUACUGUAGGGAGGCACAUCCUAGUUACCUACAUGCAAGGAGGCUGUCAAACAGAGAAAUCACUGCAGACUGUUGGUACACAGACAUCUGCUGCCCAGCUCAGGAGUGAAGUACCUUUUUGUUUUGAUGAGGUGAUGGUGUGGACAGCCGCAGCUUCCAUCUGGUAGAGGACUGCUUCCGCUCAGUCUUCCAAAUAGUGAUGAGAACAAGGAUCACCACAUCUCCCUGGUCAUCUGUUUACAACUAUACCUGUUCUGCUGGAGAAACAAAUCUCCAACAUAGCCAAGUGUACCCUCUACCCAGGACAUGGACUGUUUACCCUACUUCCAUCAAGCAUUUAAUAUGCAAGGCCAUGCAAAAGCUUCUGUCCUCAAACCCCCAGACUUCUUAAUUUACUCAGUAACCUAUACAUUGCACAUUGGAGUGUGAAGAUAACAGUUUGUUCUAGCUUUGGAGUAGUGGUGCAUUUUUUGGUUGACAAUAAAGUUGGCUUUAACUAUUA